ACACACACCGAAAAGAGACAGAGAUAGAGGGAGAGAGAGAGAGAGAGAACAGCUGUUUCUGCAUCUUCUGUUUCCUGACCUUUCCCCUCUAUCUCUCUCUCUCUCUCUCUCGCUCUGCUCCCCAAAUCACUGCUUUGUAGUUUCUGCAUCUUCCAUUGUUCUUGCUCCGUGCUCUCUGUUUCUUCGUACCAUAAUGGGUAAAGAAAAGGAAAAAGAAAAAGGAGACAAGAAGUUGUUUGUUGGAGUUGUAAUGAACUGCGCUGCAGAGCUUAAGCUUCUUUUAGCAGCUCUUUUUAUUCUUUGCAGUAUAGCUACUCUUCUGCAGUUUAUUCCUUCUCGUUUCUCUAUCUCUACCUCUGAUCUCCGCUUCUGUAUCUCCAGAAUCACCACCACAACUACCACUACCACCACCACCACCGCCACCACCUCCUCCAUUGGUCACCCAGAAACGCCACUGAAUUCCUCUCUUGCUACUCCUCCUAACCCAUUACCCUCCUCUGUUCAGCUAGGCGAAGAAGUUCGUGACAAUGGGGUUAUUAAGAGGUUAUUUAAUCCUUAUGGUGCUGCAGCUUAUAACUUCAUCACCAUGGGUACUUACAGAGGUGGACUCAAUACUUUUGCUAUUAUAGGCUUGUCUUCAAAGCCUCUUCACCUUUAUGCAAAGCCCACCUACCAAUGCGAGUGGGUUCCGCAACACUCCUCUACCGACAACUCCUCCGCUGUCCCCAUCACCGCCGCUGCUUACAAGAUCCUUCCUGAUUGGGGAUACGGCCGUGUUUACACUGUUGUUGUUGUGAAUUGCACGUUUUCUGAACCCAUCAACUCUAAUAAUUCAGGUGGGAAACUGUUCCUGCACGCCUCCACAUCAGGCGGUGGUGACAGAAACUUCAAUAUUACAGACAGAUUUGAGGUUCUUCAAGAACUACCUGGGAAUUUGAACUUGACUGUAUUCACAUCGAAACCCAAGUACGAUUAUUUGUAUUGCGGUUCUUCUCUGUAUGGUGGUUUGAGUCCGCAGAGAGUCAGGGAAUGGAUUGCUUACCAUGUGAGGUUAUUCGGUGAGAGAUCCCAUUUUGUGAUACAUGAUGCAGGUGGAGUACAUGAGGAAGUGAUGGAGGUUUUGAAGCCAUGGAUGGAUUUGGGAUAUGUGACAUUGCAGGACAUAAGAGAGCAAGAGAGGUUUGAUGGGUAUUACCAUAACCAGUUUAUGGUGGUUAAUGACUGUUUGCAUAGGUACAAGUUUAUGACCAAAUGGAUGUUCUUCUUUGAUGUUGAUGAGUACAUUUAUGUCCCUCCCAAGAAUACCAUCAAGUCUGUGUUGGAUUCCCUCUCCGAUUAUAACCAGUUCACUAUUGAGCAGAUGCCCAUGAGCAACAAGCUCUGCCUCUCGGCUGAUUAUGGUAGAUAUUACAGGAAAUGGGGGUUCGAGAAACUGGUAUACAGGGAUAUCAAAAGAGGCAUAAGGAGGGAUCGCAAGUAUGCGAUCCAACCGAAGAAUGUUUUCGCAACUGGUGUGCACAUGUCACAGAACCUGGCCGGGAAGACUACACACAAGACAGAGAGCAGGAUCAAAUAUUUCCAUUACCAUGGAACUAUAGCACAAAGGCGUGAACCUUGCCGGAACUUACUCAAUGUGACAGAGAUAAACUUUGAAAACAACCCUUAUGUUCUGGAUACAACAUUGCGAGAUAUUGCUUGGUCUGUGAAGAAAUUUGAGCAGAAAAUGAUUGGCACGAGGUUAAAAAAUACAAGGCAAUGACAGAACAUAUAUAUAAUAAAUAUAUUUGUUCUUCAUUUAUUUAUAGGAUUUUUUUCACCCUUUUUUUUUCUUCUUUUGUUAUUCAUAUUGAUCUUUGAGUAGAACAGAAAAUAUUCAGGGGGUUUCCUUUAUUUGUGUAUGAUAAUAUUUCUUUUGUUUGUGAAUGAUAUAGAGAAACAGAUAAUAUAUGCUACAUAUGUAAUAUGGGAGGAGUUACAUUCUUUUCUGUAUAUUUAUUUUUCAAUAA